AUGGUGACAAGAACGCCAGAGGAGACUGAAGAAAUCAACACAGAAACCCUGGAUACUGCUUCUCUGGAUAGUCAGAUCGAGAGAAUCCUCAAAAAUCACCGAGUCAUUCAUGUCUGUCAAGGCGGUGAACGCGAUGGGAAAGACAGUGACGAAGUUUCAGGAUUUGCCACCGUGACUGGCUUUUACCGACAAAGGAAAGAUCACUUGUCCGACGAUUCAAAACGAGUGUUGUGCGUACAAAGACCUAUCGAAGCCAAAGACCUGAAGGACAGGGAAGCCUUGGACAAGAUGUUGACAAGUGAAGACAUACAGAGUAGUCUUGGUUUCCGCCUAGAUGAAGUCCUAGACUUGAAACAGUUCUUUGAUGGGUCCGAGAAAGAAGACCAGAAGGAAGACCAGAAGAAAGACCCUAUUCGAUGGGUCCAUUUACAUGAAAACAGUUUGAACUCGAUGAUGGGCGUGGUACAAAAUAUUUGCAAAUGGCCAUCUCGAAAGAAGGACCGUCAACAACGAGACAUGCUCAGCUUCUUCCGGAAGAGUUGGGAUGAAUCUUUGAUCGAUGGGGCCGAUGUCCAUUACAUAUCACCGUCCUGCUGGAAUCACCAAAUCAAGGAGACAGUUACGCCGAUGCCGUCGCAAGGGGAACCGAUUGAGGAAACCACUGACCUCCUCGCCACCUAUAUACCAUACAUCACUUUUGGGAAGCCGAGGCCUCGGGGUGAAAAUACAAUAUCAAAGGAUAUAUCGUACUCACGGACUCUAGAUCAGUAUCCCUACCAUGCUGCACCCGACACCAUCGAAUCCGACUACAAUCAGGUUGUCAGUCGAGCUGUGGCCUACAUGUUAAGUGACCGCGGAUAUUCACCUAACAAAGCCUUCAAUCCUGUCGAAUACUUCAAAUCUCCUGAUAUCCUCCGUGUGGAUCAAUUUUGUCUCUGGGUCAUCGAUGAAAGAACAAUCGUAACAAGUUCGACUGCGCCACCCACCGAGCAAGAUGGCAAACCAUCCGGACGAAGCGACCCCUUGUUUGCCACCGUGCUUGCCAAAAUCUCGAAGAACUGUGGAUGGUAUCCAGAUCGCGAAUCACCAACCCCCGUCACAGUGAACGAUUGUGCGGGAAUGAUUACCGCAUCCUACAUUGAUAUAUUCAGAAACGUGGAGCUCCCUGUGUCGGGGAACGAUCAAUCCAACGACCUGCUGGAUGUAAAUAUUUUUCAGCUUUUCGCGCACUGGAUUGAAGAAAUGAGGAGACGAGGAGACAGGCUACGCAACGGGUUCAAAUCAGAGUUCUCGGAGCAGGCGGAACAGACGAAACAAGAAGAGAGUCAAGCAGGAUCCAACAAAGUUUCGACUGGGGACUUGGAGGUGGUAUGGACCGAAUUUAGGAACAUCCCCCCAAAGGACGAAUCGUCCACAGGGAAGGCAACCAAGGAGGACGGUUUGUUUCAUGGACCAAAAUAUAUCAUCAAGCAUCUUCGAAGUCUAGAGAACUUGGCAGCAGAGAGGGCGCAGGUUGUUCAAGCGACUUUGGACCUGCUGUUGAAUAAAAUGCAGUAUGAGGAGGCACAAGAGUCGGUAAAACAAGGACAAGAGUCGGCAAGACAAGGACGAGAGUCGGCAAGACAAGGCAAGACAAUCAUGGUCUUCACCUAUGUCACGGCGGUCUUCUUCCCGCUCUCGUUCCUUACAUCUUUGUUCUCGCUGAACAUCACCACCUUUCCGCACAAUAUGGAUCAGCUCGUCUACAGGCCGGGAUGGAUAUUUCCCAAGUUAUUCGGCAUAUCAAUCGGCAGCACAUUGUUCGUGCUGGGUAUUGUCUAUACUCCUACAAUAUUACGGAUUCUCAAAGCUGAACUUGAGAAAAAGCGAUCGGGCCAACGAAAGCUAGACGAUCUCGAAGCCGGUCCUGUCAAAUCGACCUCAAUUACGGCCGGGACAACCUCGUCGGUGAGGCCAAGGAAGCAGUGGCCCAAGGGAUCCGGCGCAUCUGGUCCAUCCUGA